UGCCGGCCUGCUGCGUCAUUGGUCGAAGAUUCACGGAGAGUCACGAGUCAGAGAACAUCCCAACACGAGCGAGUAGCGUGGUUGUGUUUCUUUGUGUGUGUGUGUUGAGCUUGAAGACGGGUGUGUCGUGUCGUCAGACAAAUCUUUGAGCUGUUGCAGUAACAAUGUCUUCAAAUGAGAAUAUGUCAGAGUCGAUCAUCGAACCGAUAACUGCUGCUCCCGAAGAAAUGUUUGAGAGAACUGUCGUCCAGUCCGAAGAAGACAUCGAUCAUCAGGGCAGACUGCUGGAUAUCACCUGGAAACCCGAGAUGAAGUUAUACAAAAUAGACCUCCCACAGCAACAUGUCUGUAUGAAGGAGGAGGUUCUCACUGAGCAGCAGCUCUGUAGCCAGGAGAGGAACUCCAGUUUGGACCAGGAGGAACAAGAACCUCCACAGAUUAAAGAGGAACAGGAGGAACUACAGCCCCCACAGUUGAAAGAGGAAUAUGAGGAACCAGAAUUUAUACAGAUUAAAGAGGAACAGGAGGAACCAGGACCUGUACAGAUUAAAGAGGAACAUAAGGAACUCUGCAAUCGUCAUUGGGAAGAGCAUUUUAUACUGAAACAGGAGACUGAUUCCUUGGUCGAGACUCAUACUGAUGAGGAAAGUGAGCACAGUGAACCAGAACCAAACAGUGACCAAUUCUUCUCUCCCGACUCUCUUUUAGCGGAGAGUCCAGAUCAGGAAGAGCUGAAUCCAAAGAAGAAAGGUCACAGAGACACAAGUCACAGUAACAAUGUAGCCAGCUCUCCCAUGUCAGAGAGUCAGUGCGAUACUGACACAAAGUAUAUAACAUGCGACAUCUGUGGAAAAGCCUAUAUGAACAUUUAUAUUUUGAUGAGACAUUACAGAGUCCACACUGGUGACACACUGAAUCCUUACAAUACAUGUGAUAAAAGUUUACUGAAGGGAAGUGAUUCGACUUUGCUCAACAGUAUUCACUCAGAUGGGAAGCCAUAUUCUUGCAAAACAUGUGGGAAACGUUUCAGUAAAAAUAGGGAUUUGACUACACACAUGAGGACUCACACAGGUGAGAAGCUGUACAGUUGUAACUUAUGUGAUAAAACCUUUGCUCGAUGUACUUCUUUAGCUAAGCACAAGAGGACUCACACAGGAGAGAAGCGUUUCACAUGCAAAACAUGUGGGAAAUGUUUCUAUGAAAACUGUGAUUUGACUCAGCACAUGAGGACUCACACAGGUGAGAAGCCAUAUCGUUGUAACACAUGUGGUAAAACCUUCACUCAAAGAGGUAAUUUAACGGACCACGUGAGGACUCACACAGGUGAGAAGCCAUAUGGUUGUGACACAUGUGGUAAAACCUUCAAUCACAGAGUUACUUUAAUGGAUCACAUGAGGAUUCACACAGGUGAGAAACCGUUCUCUUGCAAAAUAUGUGGGAGAUGUUUCCGUUUAAGUAUUUCUUUAACUGCUCACAUGAGGACUCACACAGGUGAGACGCCGUACAGUUGUGACACAUGUGGUAAAACCUUCACUCAAAAGAGUAAUUUAAUGAACCACAUGAUGAUUCACACAGGUGAGAAGCCGUUCUCAUGCAAGAUAUGUGGUAAACGUUCCCGUCAAAAGCAUGAUUUGACUAAGCACAUGAGGAUUCACACAGGUGAGAAACCAUAUGGUUGUGACAUGUGUGGUAAAGCCUACAGUCAAAAAGGUGCUUUAACAGCCCACAUGAGGAUUCACACAGGUGAGAGACCAUCUUCUUGCAAGACAUGUGGGAAGUGUUUCUAUAAAAAUAGGGAUUUGGCUCACCACAUGUGGACUCACACGGGUGAGAAGCCGUACAGUUGUGAGACAUGUGGUAAAAGGUUCACUGUAAGUACUGCUUUAACGAAGCACAUGAGGAUUCACACAGGUGAGAAGCCAUUCUCUUGCAAGACAUGUGGGAAAUGUUUCUAUGAAAACUGUGAUUUGACCCAGCACAUGAGGACUCACACAGGUGAGAAGCCGUAUGCUUGUGGCACAUGUGGUAAAGCUUUUGCUGUACAAUGCAAUUUAAAGACUCACAUGAAGACUCACACACGUGACAAGCUGUCAUCCUGACAAUUGAUUUAAUUCUUUUCUAAGAUGUUGGUUUUGACUUCAGAUACAUCCUGGAGAAACCUGGGGCAAUUUCCUAAAGAUUCUUAGUGCUGAGAGCUGCUCCUAGUGGCCAAAAUUUAAGAACAGUCUUAGAACCUUGAUGUUCUAACAAUAUACCCCCCUAAAAAACAGUAGAUCCUGGUAAAUACAAAGGGUAUUCGUAAAGAGUCUUGACUCUUAACAGAGCUCGUAAUGUGAGAUCUGAUAAGAGCACUUGGCUCUAAGAGGCAGGAGAGAAUGACUGAGUGAAUUAAAAGCUACAGGUUUGAUCACGCAGGAAUCUGGCCUGUUAGAAAUCACAGACAUUGAUGAAAACUGUGCCUUUUUGUUUUACUAUUUUUGUGCAAAAAUUACCAGCAUGCUAAAUGAAUGUAAGCAAAUAAAUAUAACUAUUAGCAAGUGAUUACUGUGCAUAUGGACCUGGGUUUUCACGCAUUUUUCUUCAACAAUUUUCUAUAUUUAAGUCUAUUGAUUUGAUGGACCAUUAGAUGCUCAGCACCAAAAGUGUAUUUUUGUCUGCCUUUCAGGAUCAACCAAUCACACUUUUUGAAAUGAUGUAUCAUACUUGUCAACAGGGUCAAUCACAUCUCCUCACUAAGAUCAGAGUUUCUGUCCGAUCCUUGCCCAGAGUUCUCUUAGAAUGUCCUGGAACCACUAAGAAUCUAAGAGUUCUUCGGAGCUCACUGAGAGGAAUAAUGGGGAAUACAAGCCCUGGUCAUUUAACAGAUUGAAGGCGACAUCUCCCUCUGCCUGGGACGACCUUCUAGGUUCUAGCUCCAAGUCCUGUUGUAAGCAGUACCAUUUUAUGACCACUUUAACGCAACGGUUGUGCAGAAGCCACAGGACAAAGACAAGAUAAGACAAACGACAACCAGACUGUUUUAAUGGCAGGAACUCAAACAAUAUGGUUAAUAAAUCAACUCUUCCAGGGGCUGUAGUACCAUGUAAAGAAACUGACAAUGUAUCAGGGACUUUAGUGCAUGUCAAACUGUGUGAGCUUGUUUUAUGACAUCUGGUGACAUCUGGUUUUGACCAGUGUCAGACUGAACACUCAACAUGGGGCUGGUAAACUGUGCAUAUGUGGAAACAGAAAUGUGGAAAACAGACUGUGUCAGAGUAAAUACAUAGACACACCAAUAAACAUUUAAAAUAUAUAUAAAUAUAAUAAAUGCGUUAAUAUAAA